CGAAAGCUAAUCAGAAAACAAAGACAAGAUCACAAGAUAGUAUUGGUAGAAAGCUAUUGAGGCAAACAAAUAAAAGGUUAAAACAAUGACAGGUCCUGGUUCUUCGUGUGGAGCAUGCAAGUUCCUAAGGCGAAAGUGUACAAGUGAAUGCGUUUUUGCUCCUUACUUCUCUUAUGAUCAGUCAGCUAACCACUUUGCAAAAGUUCACAGGGUGUUUGGAGCUAGCAAAGUUUCCAAGUUAUUGCUACACCUUCCGGUGCACAGAAGAAGUGAUGCAGCCGCCACCAUAGCUUAUGAAGCACUUGCUCGGAUGCAUGAUCCUGUAUAUGGUUGUGUCUCUCAUGUCUUCGCUCUACAACAGCAGGUAGCAUGCCUGCAACAUGAGAUCGACAUUCUUAAUAAUCAAAUGGCCAAUCAAGCAUUUCAAGCACGCAAUAAUGGAGCAUUUGGAGCAACUAAUAACCCAAGUGUUGGAUUCCAGUUUGAUUCACAGAACAACGAGAACAUGACUAAUUGUGCAACUCAAAGUCAGAUGCUUUUAAACGGAGGGGUCACAGCAGAUAACCAAGAAUUCCAUUGCCAGAUAAAUACCACUCUUCCUACUCUAUAUGGCUGUGAGGAACACAUGUACAAUGUUCCUUCUGAUAUAGACCUUCCUGAGUCAGUCUCUGGAGGGAUGAAUCAAGAGAUUUAUGUGCCAUUUCUAUGGACGGGCAGCAGUUGCAGCAGCUAAAGCUAAAGAAUAAAAUGUAAAGUUUAGCGGUGAAGGUUACAAGCAAAAAACCACAUAAGCAGCAAAACCUUGAAUCCCUGCAUAUGAAAACAAGCCUCAUGAUCAUCGAUACUUGCAGGCUAAGAAUUAAGAUUCAUGAACAAUGUACUUUUCAUCCAACACCAUCAAUGUAACACCCCAACCCCCCACCACCAAAAAAAAAAAAAACAGUACACGCGCAGCUAAGUAAAUCUUGUUCUAUUAA